AUCAUUAAAACUUGUUUAGCAGCCCUCUUCUUUACAGCAGUAUGCUAGCUGUUCGGGUAAAAACAAAAACAAAUAAUGUUUGCGACUGCGUUUUAAAGGUUUUUUGUCAUGUUUAAUUUUUGCUUUUUGGUUUUUUGGAAUGGACCUCCUCAUAGCAUAGUUUUUAGUAUAAAUUCGCCAGUGAAUUCACUGAAGAGUAUCAGUUCCAACCUUCACUUUGUUAAGAUCACAACUUAAGCAAAACAAAACAAAUUCUACAAAAAUGAAACUCUUCGUAGCUGCUGUAUUCGCUCUCUUGGCUUUGGCUUCCGCUGAUGUCAGCCAUUUGUCCAAAUCUUACUUGCCACCCGUACAACAAUCGUACACUGGUGCCAGCUAUCAUCAACAAUCUUUCUCAUCUGGUAACGCUGGCUUCUCUGCUCCCUCUAACGAAUACUUGCCUCCCGUACAACAAACUUACUCCGCCCCGGCUCAAUCUUUCUCCGGCCAUGUUCAACAAUCUUAUGCCGCUCCCGCUCAAACCUACUCUGCUCCAGCUGCUCAAUCUUACUCUUCAUCCGUCUCUUACUCUGGCCCAGCUGUUCAACAAUCCUUCGGUGCUCCCUCCAAUGAAUACUUGCCUCCUGUAGAACAAACCUACUCUGCUCCAGCUCCCGUCCACCACUCAUACUCUGCUCCCUCAGUCAGCUACUCAGCUCCCGCUGUACAAUCUUACUCUGCUCCAGCUGUUCAAACUUACUCUGCUCCCUCAGUCAGCUACUCAGCUCCCGCUGUUCAAUCUUACUCUGGCUCUGUUGGCUUCUCCUCCGGCUCUGUUGAUGUUGGUACUCAAUAUGCUUCCAACGGCGGUUAUGUUUACAGAAAGAAGUAAAUUGUUUACCAGGGGAUUAAACUGUGAUUCCAAUUUUCAUUUUGUAGAAUUGAAGCUUAAGUAAUUGUUUAGUAGAUCAUUUCAUUGUUAAAAUCCAUUAAAACAAAACCAACAUAUUUGUUAAGUAUUUCAAUUUUUUGUUUAAUAAAUAAAACAAUUUAUGUGUUAAAUAUUUAAA